AUGACUUCAUUACGACUCGGUUACGCCGCGCUCCGAUUGAGGCGUGGCAUUUGCUGGGGCGCCUGAAGGAGACUUGGGGGCACCCGAGUAGUGCCUCUUGGGCUGUUAGGAGUUGCCACUGUCUGCUUCAUGAGGAAGAUGCUCGCCGCAGUCUCCCGCGUGUUGUCUGGUGCUUCCCAGAAGCCGGCAAGCAGAGUGCUGGUAGCAUCCCGUAAUUUUGCAAAUGAUGCUACAUUUGAAAUUAAGAAAUGUGACCUUCACCGGCUGGAAGAAGGCCCUCCUGUCACAACAGUGCUCACCAGGGAGGAUGGGCUCAAAUACUACAGGAUGAUGCAGACUGUGCGCCGAAUGGAGUUAAAAGCAGACCAGCUGUAUAAACAGAAAAUUAUUCGCGGUUUCUGUCACCUGUGUGAUGGUCAGGAAGCUUGCUGUGUGGGCCUGGAAGCCGGCAUAAACCCCACAGACCAUCUCAUCACAGCCUACCGGGCUCAUGGCUUUACCUUCACCCGGGGCCUUUCUGUCCGAGAAAUUCUCGCAGAGCUAACAGGACGAAAAGGAGGUUGUGCUAAAGGGAAAGGAGGAUCGAUGCACAUGUAUGCCAAGAACUUCUACGGGGGUAAUGGCAUCGUGGGAGCACAGGUGCCCCUGGGUGCUGGGAUUGCUCUAGCCUGUAAGUAUAAUGGAAAAGAUGAGGUCUGCCUGACUUUAUAUGGUGAUGGCGCUGCUAAUCAGGGCCAGAUCUUCGAAGCUUACAACAUGGCAGCUCUGUGGAAAUUACCUUGUAUUUUCAUCUGUGAAAAUAACCGCUAUGGAAUGGGAACAUCUGUUGAGAGAGCAGCAGCCAGCACUGAUUACUACAAGAGAGGGGAUUUCAUUCCUGGGUUGAGAGUGGAUGGAAUGGAUAUCCUGUGUGUCCGAGAGGCGACAAGGUUUGCCGCUGCCUAUUGUAGAUCUGGGAAGGGGCCCAUCCUGAUGGAACUGCAGACUUAUCGUUACCACGGACACAGCAUGAGUGAUCCUGGAGUCAGUUACCGUACACGAGAAGAAAUUCAGGAAGUAAGAAGCAAGAGUGACCCUAUUAUGCUUCUCAAGGACAGGAUGGUGAACAGCAAUCUUGCCAGUGUGGAAGAAUUAAAGGAAAUUGAUGUGGAAGUGAGGAAGGAAAUUGAGGAUGCUGCCCAGUUUGCCACAGCCGAUCCUGAGCCGCCUUUGGAGGAGCUGGGCUACCACAUCUACUCCAGUGACCCACCUUUCGAAGUCCGUGGUGCCAAUCAGUGGAUCAAGUUUAAGUCAGUCAGUUAAGGGGAGCAGAAGGUGAGCCUCUAUACCUUCAGGGGCUACUAGACAGUGUUCAGUGUUCUCAUCUUGGUUAAGGAGAAAACCCAGUCAGUCAGUCAAUGACAUGCUUGUAAACGUCCACUUCAGCUAGUAAUUGCAUGCAGUUUGUACAUUGUUGCAUUAAAAGAUGUUAUUGAGUGCUUAGUGUGAAUAUUAUAAAAGAUUAUUUUUGACUUAGCAUAUUUGUUCAAAGUAUACAACUAUUUUAAUUAUGAAAAGGAAGAACAAUUCCUAGUAUGCCUGUGCCCCACCACCUUUUUGAGAGGAGACCAUUAUUGUGGGGCCCCUCACAGGCAUACUUAUGGUAACAGCCCAGGGCCUCUUGCUGCGUGCAGCAGCCUGUUCACACUGACCAUCAUUUCUCUUUAAGACACUAUUUAUUAUAAUCAGGCAGCAGGACAGGUCCAUUUUAAAAUAAGACUUUCCUAAUCAAAGGCCACAUAGUUUUCUGUACUUAUACAUUCAGUAUAAUAUGAAGCUAUUUUCUGUUCAUAAUAAACAUUAAAUACAAGGCACAUUCGUAUCAAUGUUGUUUCUCAAAUUUAAGUACCAUAACAGUUCUGAAGCGAAGCAAGUCCCAGCUUCCAUGUUAAACACCCCUUGUUUCACCAUUCCAGCAAGUGCUAAAGGAUGUACUUUUUUGUUUUUGAGAUAGGGUCUCGCUCUGUUGCCCAGGCUGGAGUGCAGUGGUGUGAUCAAGGCCCACUGCAGCCUCCACCUCCAGGGCUCAAGCGAUCCUCCCACCUCAGCCUCCCAAGCAGCUGGGACCACAGGUGAAUUUCCUAAUAUUCUGGGAGGUCAAAACCAGGGCUCACUGUUCUCACAAUACACACAGCUCUAUGUUUAUAAAUAAUAGAUUUCAAAAGAAACUCAGUAUGGACAAUAUUUAAAACUUUAAGUUCCUGAAUAAUGGCAUUUUUAAAAUAUGUAAACACGGCAGACUGCAUCUAUACAUUAACAGAAGCUUUAACAAAACAUGUAGUGUGGUGGCACACACUGCUCCCAGCUUAGCUGAUGAUCGGUAUCAAGCCUCGUCUUUGGCUUCUGAGGCCUCCUGAGCCCUUCUGUACUGGGAAACCGCGCUCCAGAGCCUGCAGAGGAGACCACCCCUAGGAAACAAACAGCUGUCUUCAGAGUCAGAGCUUCAAGCCAACAGUGCUUAGAAAUGCAGCCCCUAACUUACUUAAAAACAUUCUCUUCACAUAUGGAGGAGACACUUGUGUCCCAGCAGUGUUAGGAUAUGGCCUUAGAGGUAUGUACCUGCAGAGCCAGCUAUUUCAAAUGACGCAGGAACAAGAAGGCAGGCUACAGUUUACAGAAGGGGAGGGGUCCAGCAUGUGGGCCCUCAAGCCGUGUGCCUCCCCCACUCCCAGCCAGGCAUUAAUGGCAGGAGAUUGACUGGCCAGCUCCUCUGUCACCUGCCUACUUCUCCUGCGUGGUUUUCAGUUUCUGCCAUGCGUUGGCUUUUUCUCAGCUCCGAACUCCAGCGUUUUGAGGGAGGCCCAGCCCUUUGUUUUCUGCUCUUUAAGCAUAUUCACACAUAAAAAGGCGUGUUCUCUUACACAAACUGUUUUGCGGCUCUUACCGUAGUCGAAGGUAUCUUAGAUCUUCCUUAGUGAUCUCAUUAAGAAUAUCAGACAGUGUAUAACCCUCUUCAAUAAUCUGAAAUAAAGAUCAGAUCCAUGAGAGCAAGCGGCCGUGUAACAACACCGUAAGAAUUUCUUCGUUGUAUGUUUACCUUUUCGAUUGUCUUUGCAUCAGCUCCUUGCAGCUGCAACCAGUCUAUAAGCUCUUUAUCUGUUCUCUGCCCGUGGAGGGCUGCUGGGCUCUCUGUAAUACCUGUACAGUUGGCAAUUUGUUACAUAUUAGUCUAACCAUAAAAGUCUUCCAAAGUAACCAGCUGGAUGAAUAAACGAUUCCAGAAUGUAAA